CUGUCGCUGUCUUUCCUCUUCCCAUCGCUUGUGAUUCUUCGCUUCUCUCUCCUUCGAAAGAGGCUUCAUUUAGGGGAAGAGAGAGAGAGAGAGAGAGAGGGACAGAGAGAGGGAGGAAAUGGGCGGCCCGCUAGGGGCGAUCAUAGGGAGGCACCCGACGGCGGCGGGGGGCGACGGGGAUGGCCAGAUCGGAGGCGGCGGCGGCGGCGGUAUCAUACGGCACAACAGGAAGUGCAGGGACUUGGUGUUCCUCGUCAUCUUCAUCGCGUUCUGGGUGGCCAUGAUCGUCAAUUCCAGCUUCGGAUUCAACCAAGGCAACCCACUUCGACUUACGUACGGACUGGACUACAAAGGAAAUGUUUGUGGGAACAGGCAUGCGAAACCUGAUCUGCGAGAACUGAUGGUUAGAUAUUGGCUGAAUCCCAACCAGGUCUACUUGAGUGGCAUCGAGAAUAGCCAGUUCAAUCUAGCCGAUGCAAGGAGCAUAUGCUUGAUGGAAUGCCCUGUUCCUUCAGAAGAUGGGCUCAACUGGGUCUGUGAUUACCCGGAGGGUGACAUCCGCCUCUCUAUGGAUGAUUGGAUCAACCGAGACUAUGAUUACUAUGAGUUCCUAACAUCAGAGAUGCGGAAUAGUUCUCUUCAGCUCCAAGGUCCAUGCUAUCCUGUCAUAUUUCCAAGUGUGAAUGUUUACUGGAGCUGUCAGUUCAUUGCACGUGCAUCAAAUGUUUCUUUGAGGCAUUGGCAGCAGAUGGGUGGUGUAAACAUUGAUGAGAACAUAAUAAUAGAUAAAACUAUUCACAGAGCCAUCAACUCUCCAUCACCCGUCUUGAAGAGGUACGUGGCAGAUAUUGGGAAGGCAUGGCCUGUGUUAAUUGUUUGCGGAGGAAUCCUCCCCGUCUUUUUGUCUGUUAUAUGGCUAUUGAUGAUACGCCAUUUUGUUGCUGGAAUGACUUGGAUAACAGUGAUUCUCUUCAAUGCCCUUGUGAUAUCUGUUACAAUGUUCUACUACACAAAAGCUGGGUGGAUUGGUAAUGAUGCCUUGUCGGUUGUUAUUGGUGAACACGACCCUUACAUCCACAUAAGUGGCCGGGAAAUAAAUCAUAUUCGUGCUGUUGCUGUUCUUAUGACGAUAGUAAUGAUUAUUGCCUUCCUCUCUUCACUAGCAAUUAUCCGCCGAAUACUUAUAGCGACAUCAGUUUUGAAGGUUGCAGCAAAAGUAAUAGGCGAGGUCCAGGCUCUUAUAAUUUUCCCGAUACUGCCAUAUGUUAUCCUUGCAGUAUUUUACAUGUUCUGGUUUUCUGCUGCUCUUCAUCUUUUCAGCUCUGGUCAGAUCCUCAGAAAUGAUUGUAGUGGAAACUGCUGUUCAUUUGACCUAAAGUCCAACAAGAUCAAUUGUGAUAAUUGUUGUGGCUAUCGUAUCCAUUACACUCGCAAUAUUGGAAUUUCUAUCCUUUUUCACCUUUUUGGAUGUUACUGGGCAACACAGUUUAUCAUUGCAUGCUCAUCAACUGUCAUUGCUGGAUCAGUUGCCUCAUACUACUGGGCUCGUGGUGAGAUAUCGCAGGAGAUUCCAUUUCUUCCUGUAUUUUCUUCCAUGAAGCGGCUCUUGCGAUACAGUCUAGGAUCUGUGGCUCUUGGUUCCCUUGUUGUAUCAAUUGUUGAAUGGGUGAGAUUUAUACUUGAGGCCCUACGGCGCAGGUUAAGACACAGUGAUCCUGCUCCAGUAACCUGCAUUGGAAAGUUCAUGUCCUCUUCUUCUCAAUGCUGCUUAGGAUGCAUUGAUUGGAUCAUCAAGUCCGUGAAUCGUAAUGCAUAUAUUAUGAUUGCCAUCACAGGAAAAGGAUUUAGCAAAGCUUCUGCUAUUGCUACUGGGUUGAUUAUGAAUAAUAUAUUGCGCAUAGGAAAGGUCAAUGUCAUUGGAGAUGUGAUUCUCUACCUUGGGAAGCUAUGUGUGAGCCUGUUUUGUGCAUUAUUUGCAUUCCUCAUGUUGGACACCCACAAAUACAAAUCUGCUCAUAACAAGAUAUCAUCCCCUUUGUUCCCUGUUUUGGUAACUUGGGGGCUUGGUUACAUAGUUGCAACCCUUUUUUUUGCAGUCGUUGAGAUGUCGAUCGAUACUAUCAUCCUCUCCUUCUGCCAAGAUGCAGAGGAGCAUCAAGGGACUGCACAAUAUGCACCUCCCCUGCUAAUGGAAACACUAGAUAGCCAAGGAGAGAUGCAGCGACUAACACAAGGCUCUUAAGCAGAUGUUUUUUAUGUGUGUUUCAUUGCCCUGAGAUUACCAAUCCUAAAGCGAAAGCAUUAUCCUUUUUCUAAUGCUUUAAUACUGAUUUGUUGGUCACCUUGUCAUUUCAUUUAUGUUAUUGAUGUGUCUUCAGAAGCUGUGGUUUUGAAGCCCUGUCAUAACAGGUAUGAUGACAACUCACCUGAACCUUUAUAAGCAGGUGAUUAUAGUGUUAAAGGAUUGUAAUCUUGCCUCUCUUGAAUGAUCUUCUAAUGUCCA